UGAUGGAUGCUGGUUCAUGCACUGUACACACAAAAGUUGAACGAUUAAUACUUUAGGUAGCUCCGGGGAUCAAGAUCAAAGAAGAUGAACGUUGUUCAAGGAGUUAGUGAUAACAAGGUCGUCGAAGAAGAUGUCCCACUUCCUGGGUUUCGGUUUCAUCCUACUGAUGAAGAGCUUGUAGGGUUUUAUCUUCGACGAAAAGUUGACAAGAAACCACUCAGAAUAGAGCUGAUCAAACAGGUUGACAUCUACAAGUUUGAUCCAUGGGAUCUCCCAAGAGCUAGCAUGGCGGGAGGCGGCGGAGAGAGUGAAUCAUAUUUCUUCUGCAAACGAGGAAGAAAAUACAGAAACAGCGUGAGACCAAACAGGGUAACCGGGUCUGGUUUUUGGAAAGCAACCGGUAUUGACAAGCCUGUUUAUGCAAAAUCAUCGUCACCAGGCCAAGGCCAUGCCUGCAUUGGCCUAAAGAAAACUUUAGUGUAUUACCGCGGAACCGCCGGCAAAGGAACCAAAACUGAUUGGAUGAUGCACGAGUUCCGCCUUCAUACCGACAAUAGUAAAAUCGUUGUCGCCGGCUUUUCGAAUCCGAAAAUAGUUACACAAGAAGCUGAAGUAUGGACCAUAUGUCGAAUUUUCAAGCGAAAUUUCUCGGUAAAAAAACACAGAUCAGAUUGGAGACAACUCGCAGCAAAAAAAGCUUCAGCUGCCACACAAAUUAGCUCUCAAACAUGUAGUACGGAAUCGAACAGCCAUGGGAACUACAUUAGCUUCGGUUCUCCAAUGGUUGAAGGUUAUUGUAAUGACGAGAAGCCAUGGAUGCAUGCGAAUCAUAUGAUCAAUGGAAGAAGCCAAUGGUAUGAUAAUAUUGCAGACAAAAUGAGUGCAGUAGCUCAAAUACCUUCAUCAAUGGAGUCGUCUUCUAGCUUUUCGAAUUGUCCGGAAAAUGAUUUCUUCAUUGAUGCUAAUUGGGAUGAGCUGAAAUCGGUUGUGGAGUUUGCUCUUGAGCCCUUUCCUGUGUAAAUAAUACUAUUAUAGAGUGAGUUAGUUUCUAAUUUAUAU